AUGAAUUCUGAGGUUGUUGAUGACCCGGACAUUGAAAUUGUAGAAAAAGAUGACGUUAUAGUUAAUCAAACUGAUACUGAUUUUGUUGAAACAUUACCUUUUCAACACAACGAAAAUAAUCUCCAACAUUCCGAUUUGGGAAAUCUCGCUACUGGACCUUGCCGUCCUGUUUUAAAUAUUUAUAAACAAACUAGAUUUGGUUCGCAAAACAGAUCAUUUAGUAGCCAAUGGUAUAAACAAUAUACUUGGUUGGAGUAUAGUAUGAAAAGCAACGCAGCAUUUUGCUAUGCAUGUAGAAUGUUUGCUGAUGAACUUAUUGAUGAUGUUUGGACAAAAAAAGGAUUUUCAAACUGGCAAAAACUUAAUGAAAAACUGAAAAAACAUGACAAAACAAAGCGACAUUUAGUUUGUGUAUCUAAGAUGUCUGGGUACUUGGCUUGUAAGAAAUCUGGUUCUGUUAUGGUAAAGCAGUGUAGUGGCUAUAAGGAACAAGUGGCCAAAAACCGUACCUAUAUUGGUACGCUUAUUGACAUCAUAUUAUUUUUGGGGAAACAAGGUAUUGCCUAUCGAGGCCACAGAGAAGAUGCAGAUUCUCUAAACCAAGGUAAUUUUAAGGAAUUAUGUAAAUUAUUAUCAAAUUAUCAGCCGGAUUUCAAAAUCAAAUUUGAUGAAACAACAAAUUAUACUAGCUGGUCUAUUCAAGAUCAAUUAAUUCAAUUGUGUGCAGAGGAUAUCAGAGAAACUAUUGUAAAAGAAAUUGAAAAGAUUGGUUUUUUUGCUUUAAUGUGCGAUGAAGCUAGAUGUUAUAGAGAAGAACAAUUGUCAAUUUGUGUGAGAUACACCAUUGACUUGGAUGUAUAUGAAAGAUUUUUGUGUUUUGUUGAUGUUUCAAAAGGACAAACUUCCAACCAUAUUGUCACUGCACUGUUUGAAUGUUUUGAAAAACAAAAACUGACUAUGUCUAAAAUCAAAAUAAUUGCACAAUCAUAUGAUGGCGCCAGUGUUAUGUCUGGACACUUACGCGGUGUUCAAUCAAGAAUUAAAGAACACUAUCCAUACGCUAUAUACACUCACUGUAUGGCACACCGCCUUAAUUUAGUAGUUGUAGAUACAUCAAUAUAUGUACACUUUUCGCAACCAUCAAAAAAUAAAAAAUUAUGUGAAAUGCAAAGAAAUUUAGGAUUAAAUAAAGGAAAUGUAUUAAGAAUAUGUGAUACAAGAUGGGUGUGCAGAUAUAAAAAUUGUGUUGCAAUGUUGAAAAAUUAUUCUAGCAUUCUUAAUAUUCUCAAUGAUGAAAUCGAAGAACAAAUAGAUAAAGAUGUAGCACGUGCAUUAGGUAUUAUUAUAAAACUUUAA